AUGACGGAUCAAAAAAGGUACACCAACAAACUAGAAAAGUCUCGUAUCCUAGUCAUCGGCGGAACAUCAGGCCUCGGCUACAGCGUAGCAGAAGCAUGCCUUGAAAAUGGAGCUUUGGUAACAAUCAGCUCAUCAAACCCAUCACGCGUCGAUAGCGCUGUAUCUAAACUCAAGGAUGCAUACCCGUCAUCCGCCGACCCUAGUAACCCCCGCGUCUGGGGUCUUACUGUUGAUCUGGGGAAGCAGGAGACGCUGGAAGAAGAGUUGAAGACACUUUUGGAAAAGACAGUAGGGAGUAUGCCGGAGGGCAAAUUAGACCAUGUUGUCUAUACUGCAGGAGACAAGUUGGCGGAAAUUGGUCUGGCAGAUAUGGUAUGUUUUAUUUUCUUUCAUCAUGCCGUCCUUAUUUUUCUUUCCAGGAUCUUUGCAUGGACAACUCUUCGUCUCUUUUCCUUCCAAAUUCUCAACUUGGAUGGGUAUGAAUUAACGCUGUUCACUCUCCAGACAAUGCAAAACAUUCUAGCCGCCGGCCAGCUCCGUUUCUUCGCCCCCCUUCUCCUCGCAAAACACCUUCCCAACUACUUGGUCCCCAGCUACAAAUCCUCCUACGUCAUUACCACGGGCGCCGUAUCCGAGAAGCCGAUUCCCAACUGGAGCGUCAUUGGUUCGUAUGCAGGAGGUCUCCACUCCAUGGUACGUGGUCUAGCUCUUGACAUGAAACCCAUUCGCGUUAAUGGUGUGAGUCCUGGAGCAGUCGAUACGGAACUUUGGGAUCAUCAUGGGCAGGAGAAGAAGGAGGCGAUUAUGCAGGCUAUGACAAGUAAGAUGACGACAGGGAGGGUGGGAAGGCCGGAGGAUGUGGCGGAGACGUUUUUGGGGCUUUUGAGGGAUUACAAUAUCGAUGGGAGUAUGAUUAGGACAGAUGGUGGAGGCAUGUUGAUGUAG